AUGCGGCACGGCGCCCACCCGAGGCCGGUGGAUCUCGACCUCCCUUCUCGCGCCGGCUCGAGGCGCAGCAGCUCUGAGCACACCUCUCGUCGAGGCCGCAAGACCGACGACUCCCUCCUCACCUCGCCUACCCUCGUCGACACCUGUCCUCGGCCGGCCGUUUCGCGACCUGCCGCCAAGCCGCUCCCGCACCAGCCAUCGCGCUCGCACCCCUCGCCGCCGAGCAGCGCGUUCUCGCCCUCGAGGAGCUACGGCUCGCUCGCGUCGCUGUCGCACGUCCUCGACCGCGACCGCGACCGGCACGUCGCGUCGUCGGCGACCGACGGCAGCCCGGGCGACGAGCGCAGAAGCGCCGCAUCGACGCCCUCGCCAUCGUCCUCGAGCACGAGCGUGAGCCCGACGCCGCGCAGCGGCUCGACGAUCGACCUGCGCGCACUCGCGACGGACUCGUACCGCGCCCUGACGUCGGUGCUGCACCUCUCGGCCUCGUCGCCGUUCACGCCGCCGGUCGGAGCGCCCGUCCUCGCGCCAUGGGCCUCGGUCCGAGCGCUCAGCGUGCGGUUCCGCCCCGGUGCGCCCGAGGACGAGCAGCUCAACGCGUGGGUGCUCGGCCUCGCCGGCCUCGAGGUCGGCGGGGCCCGAUCGUGGGACCCUCGAGCGCUCGGCGCGGCGGUCGACCAGCGGGACGAGGUUUCGGCGGGCGAGGGCGAGCCGGCGGCGAGGUCGAGGGGGCCAUGGCCGAGCGUGAGCACGAGCUGCGGGAGCCCGGCGAGCGUCGAGGUGCGGUACUGGGACGGGCGGACGAGGGAGGUGGACCCGAGCGGGAUGGACCAGGACCAGAUCAUGCGCGCCGUCCUCGUCGGCCCUGCGAGGGCCUGA